AUGAUUCCCGGGCUCAGUCUCCCCCGUAUUUUCCCCACGAUUUCCUGUGAUGAGUCUGUCCCAUCCUCAGCUGUCCGCGCCGCUACAUCCUCAGCCUUGAAGCUGGGUUCAGCCCCCGAGACUGAGAUUAAACGCUGGAAGCGAAACUUUGAGGCAUACGCAAAGGAUGUCAACGGUGGAAAAUAUCUCGAUCGAGACUCCUUCAUUAACGCCAUCGCUCCAAAAGAAGAUUUUUCCCGCAUUCAUAGGGAUCAAUUUGGCAUUUUGUUCCGUGUCGCAGAUAGCACCCGUCGGGGUUUAGUCUCAUGGGACGAAUUUGUCGUCUUUGAAACCAUGCUCAAACGUCCCGACGCCGACUACUGGAUUGCAUUCCAGUAUUUCGACGUAGACAGCAAUGGGACGAUCACAUUUGAUGAAUUUAAAAGCGUAUUUUCCUCUAACCUUGGCCCUGAUUCGAUCCCCUUUAACUUUGAUUGCGAUUGGGUAAAAUUAUACCUGGGCAAACGAAACGGCGAACACGUUCUGGGCUACCACGAGUUCACCCAGUUGAUGAAGGGUUUGCAAGGCGAACGUCUCCGUCAAUCAUUCAAGUACUUGGACUCGAAUCAAGAUGGUUUUAUUCGACCGGAUCAAUUUAAACGCAUCAUCCUUGAACUCGCUGGGCACAAGUUAUCCGAUUCAGUCUUGGAACGAUUGCCCACUCUGACGACCCUAACUCCUGGCCAGAAGAUCUCUUACUCCGAAGUUAUUGCAUUCCACAAUGUCAUUCACCAAAUGGACAUGGUAGAACGGGUCAUCCGCGAUGCAUGCGCCAAGUCCAAAGACGGAAGAAUUGAUCAAACCGACUUUUUGAACACGGCCUCGACCACCACGCGCUAUGGGCUCUUCUCCCCCAUGGAGGCGUCGAUCGUUUUCCACUUUGCAUCACGUGGCGCAGGAGGCCAACCCCGCUUGGCGCUAGUCGAUUUCGCCCAGCUGUUGGACCCGCGCUGGAAGACGCCGUCGGAUGCGAGUCGUGAAAAGGCCGCGACCCAGGGUACACGUGGGGUCCUGGAUAGCAUGCUCCGCUCGGCUUAUAGCUUUACUCUGGGUGGUAUUGCUGGCAGUUUUGGAGCUACUGUUGUGUAUCCGAUUGAUUUGGUCAAGGUAAAUGCGCAUAUUGUCGUUUAUUGA